CUCUCACUGAAGCAUCAGGCUCCUCAGGAUGCUCUGCUCCCUCUCCAACUCUAGGUUCAGCUGUGGAUUCUCGCCGGCUUGCAGCAUCAAAUCCCUCAUAUGCAGACGUCCCGCUAAGGGCUGAAAUGGAUGGUUCCAUCCUGAGGGCCGGUGACCCUUAAGUGCUGGUGAGAUGUCCUUCAGUGGCAACACGAGCCAACUCUCCCCAUCGACAACGUCUCCGCCUCCACCAGACAACCGCACAACCUCCUCGCAGUCGCCGUCUUGGGAGGAGGGACACUCUCUGCGAGAGUGGGCAUCAAAUGAGACUCUGCUCUCAGACCUAUCUGUUCUUGGGCAUGACGAGCAAUGCCACACGUCUCCUGUGCUCACGGCGUCUCUGGUGGUGUGGUACAGUGUUACAAUGGUGCUGGGCCUGGUGGGCAACAUCGGCCUUAUCUGCAUAAUUACACGACGCAGGGAGAAAGCCAAUGUCACCAGCAUUUUCAUUUGUAAUCUGUCAUUCUCUGACAUUCUGGUGUGUGUGUUCUGCCUCCCUUUCACGCUCAUAUACACACUGAUGGACCACUGGGUGUUCGGGUCACUGCUAUGCCGCCUGGUGCCGUUCAUUCAGUGUGUGUCUGUGACCGUCUCCAUACUGUCUCUGGUUUUUAUCGCUCUGGAGAGACAUCAACUCAUUAUUAACCCAGCUGGCUGGAAACCCAGCAUUCCUCAAGCCUACACAGCUGUUGUUGUCAUCUGGAUUCUGGCAUGCUUCACCUCCUCACCUUUCUUGGCCUUUCAGCUGCUCACAAAUGAGCCGUACGCCAACAUGAUCCUAGCCGAGCCGGCACUAUAUCGCCAAACACCACCCGUCUCGCCUGCUAACUCAUCUGUGCUUCAAAAUUCACAAUACUUUCCCAAACUUUAUGCGUCCCUGCAUAUGGAGGCGUGUAUGGAGCGCUGGCCAUCCCAACACGACAGGCUGACCUACACCACUUGGCUGCUCUUGUUCCAAUACUGUGGCCCUUUAAUUCUUGUUCUGCUUUGUUACGUUCGAGUGUUUGUGCGCCUGCGUCAGCGCAAAGAUAUGCUGGACCGCGCCAGGACGCCUGAGAGUCAACGCAUGGCCCACAGCCGCCGAAUUAACAUCAUGCUGGUGGCCCUGAUAACGGCUUUCGCCCUGUGCUGGCUCCCGCUCACCAUUUUCAACGCCGUGUCCGACUGGAACCAGGAUGCCCUGCCUAUCUGCCACCAUAACCUGCUCUUCUCCCUCUGCCACCUCUUGGCAAUGUCCUCCACCUGCAUCAACCCCAUCAUCUACGGCUUCCUCAACUCCAACUUUAGGCAGGAGGUCAAAGAGGUGCUCCAGUUCUGCAGGUGUCACCCCGUGGAGGAGGAGAGCGAGCGCCUCCCCAUGUCUACGGUGCACAUGGAGAUGUCUCGCACCUCGGCGCCGCUCACCUGCAGGAGUAACUCUAUUUGAUAGACACCAACUCUUUCCACCUUUAAUAGACAUUCAAGCAUUUUCAUCAUGACUGAUGAUUGUUGUGUGUGGUGCUGUGUUGGUUUUAUCUUUAGCUCUCUGGCAGUCGUGCUUUAGCUCAACUAAACGUUUUGACAGCUUUAAUUAUGUUAAAAAAAAUGCUAUGGCUGUGAUGGUAAGCAGUUUGAAACCUGAAAAAAGAAGGUUGUUAUGCAUCACUUAAGCUAUAUUAUUAAAGAAUGCUGCUUGUUAAGAAUUUAUGCAAGAUGUGUUCAGUAGUGUCAUAUUAAAUAUAAAAAUGCAUUUUAGUCAUCAAGAGUGACAGAAAAAAGGUAUGUGGACUAUAGUAUUUUGAAUUACUUUUGCAUUGACUGCAUUUGUGUUGUGAAAUUAGGUGUUUUUGACACCACAGAAAAACUGUUUUGUGAUAUUGUCAUGAAAAUGUGUUUUCAAUGUUGACUGCUAAGCUUG